CUAAUAUGUAUAUCCUAAUCAGUUCCAUUGAAUCAUUUGUGCCGUUAAUUAAACCCGAGAGACCUUCUCGCAUAUUGUUUCUUCCGUUAUUUACCAUUUAGUAUUAACAAUAUGACCGGUUUCGAUGUUACAGGUGUCAGCAAAAGCCAGUGCGUCUGCGAGCCUGAGGAAUUUGAAUCGGAAUCGACUCAGUCACAACUUGUGGAAGACCAUGAAGCUCACGUUCUGGUAGCGGAAUGGAGGCUGCAUAAAUUCCAAUCGCCCAUAGAGCUCAAGCAUGAGGAAAGCAUCAGCCAUGACCAUUUCGAACCAUUGGACUUCCACGGACAUUGGGAUAAGUUGGGAGAGGCCACUUUUGAAAACACUGGAAAAACUGCUGUGAUUCGAUUCCAAAGAGAUGAAUUACCAUAUCUUAGAGGCGGGCCCUUACACGAAGAUACUUACGUUUUUGAGCAACUUCAUUUUCACUGGAGCGAUGACGACAAUAGUGGUUGCGAGCAUAUUUUCGAAGGACAGGCAUUCUCGAUGGAGGCCCACGCAGUACACUAUAAUAACAAAUACGCAAGUUUCCAAGAAGCACAAGAUAAACCAGACGGUUUGGCUGUAGUUGGAUUUUUCCUCGAAGCUACCGAUAACGCAGACAAUCCAUGUUUUAAGAAACUUACAGCCGCUGUUCAACAUAUUAUUAAAGUGAAUACUUUAACAUCUGUAGCUGCAGAUUGCCUAACUUGGAUCAGAGAAGAAGCCCAAUGUAAAGGCUAUUACACAUACCAAGGAUCCUUGACAACGGAACCAUAUCUAGAAAGUGUGACUUGGAUAUUGUACCCCACACCAAUCCAUGUCUCCAGACAACAGGUGGCACACUUCCGUGAACUUAAAUCCACGCCAUGCGAAAAAGUUAAAAUUGUAAAUAACGUCAGGCCACUUCAGACACCGCCUAGCCACAAGAAACUUAACAUUUUAUAUGCCAGAUCUCACAGAAAAAGUUUCGAUUAGCAUUUCAUAUAGAAAAAUAGCUUGGUGAUUUUUAGUUAAAAAAGGUAGAAUUAGCCGCUAGAAACUAGAAGCAUUAACUAUUGUAUAAGAAUGAGGAAUUAUUGAAGAUCAUAUAAGAUUUUUUAUUGUAUUGAAUAUAUAACUAUAUAACAACUGAUAAUUUGAAUAAAAAAAAGUAAAAUAAA